UUCCCUCGGCCGGUGGUGGUGGUGGUGGUGGUGGUGCAUACUAGGAAAGAGGGGUGGCGGUGAAGCGUGGUGGUGGAUACCAGGCAGGGCAGGGCAGGGCAGGUAGGGACCUGGUAGAGGGAUUGAUAACCCCACCGCAUACGUAUGCAUUGACGUGUGUAUGCGUAUGAGUAUCUGUAUCUGUAUCUGCGCCACUCUCCUCCCUCCCUCUGUUUAUCUCCUCCCCCUCCUCCUCCUCCUCCUCCUCCUCUCGGAUAAUAUUUAUAUACAACCAACUCCCCCCCUUUCCAUCUCUUAUAAUUAUUGAUUUACGCCGGCUCUGCGUUAUGCUUUCAGAAGCAAUCUCUCUGGCCGAGUAGCAUAUAUCCUAUUAGGGACUCCUGAGACAUAUUUGGGCUGGAAAAUGGCAGCCAAUCAGCGAAAGAAGCGUAUUAAUGCUUCCAGUUUUAUUGCCUGCACUUCUCGUGAGCAGUAUAAGUUAAAUAGGAAAAAGUUUCAGUCUCAGCAGCAUAAACUGAACAUGAGACCUAAUAUCACUCUUGAAUGGGACAAGAGUAAGAAAUUAAUUGUGUCCAAAAGGGAUCAGAUUGGUAUUGCACAAAGGCACAUCAUUCCAUUCACUGAGCCCUAUUCUCAUGGCCACAGCACAUUGGCUGAUGUCAUUUCUGUACCUCAGGAGAUAUUUGAUAUAGAAAAUCUCAAAGAAGUUCUCUCGUAUGAGGUGUGGCAGGGAUACUUGUCUGACAAGGAAAGAAACUUUCUUUGCCAGUUUGUACCUAAAGAACCUGAUCCUGACAGAACUGUUAGAGAUUUGCUUGCGGGAGAUAACUUCCACUUUGGAAAUCCAUUUUUGAAAUGGGGUAAAUCACUAUGUAGCGGGAAGCUUCAUCCUGAUAAUGUUCUUCUUGAGGGGCAGAAACUCAAAGCUGCCAAGAAGGCAUACUACUUACAUCUGCAAAAAUAUCAUAAUGAUAUAAUCGAGAUUUUGCAAAUGUGGAAGACCAGCUGGCUUAGUUGUAACGAUCCUGGAGUGGGAAUUGAGCAGCAUAUGUGGAGUACUUCUAGGAAGCACGCAGGACAAAGCAUGCUCCCAUCUGAAACUGGAUCCUAUGGUACUGAAGAGCACCUUGGUGCAACAUCUGAGUCCUGUUCUUAUAUAGAUUCUGAGGUGGUUUGUAGCAGUGACAGUCAGAAGCAUGAAAAUUCUCAAAGAAGAAAGUACUCAUUCAGCAACAGAACUGAUCGCUCCAAUGAACUGAAGGGAACUUCCGUACUGAAAAAGGGGAUAAAGAUACGUAAGCGUAAUAUUCAUAAUGCUGAUGGGACGGAAUAUAUGUCCUAUAUUAAGGUCAGCAAGGAACAGCAUGAACUUGUUAAAAGCUGCAUGAAGCAUGCUGGUAAUAAUAUUCAGCCAAAAUCUCUAGACAGUGUUUUAGGUUGCAUUGAUAAUCUGAACAUACAACCGUUUGAACGAUACGAGGAAGAAGUUAGAAAUAAAUUGCACAAUCAUUGGUUGAAAUUGGCAAGAAAAGAGAUUCCGAAAGGUUUUUCUAACUGGGAGAAAAGACAACUUCAGAGACAAGGAGUAAUACGUUCCCUGCAUGAAGAACUGACACAAAAGCCGGGGCACCAGUUGGUUUCUCUGGAUGGGGGCAAACAUGAUUUUCAUAAUAACAAGCGGAUGCGUUUCUCAGAUGAUAUGGGUCAAGAAAUUCUGUCUUCAAACACAUUUGAGUGUGUAGAGAAAGAGCUGACAGAUGACUUACUUCAGGAACAGACUGGUAGUGAAGGGGAAGUUCAUAAGAUAUUCACAGGAAUGAAGGAUGAAAAGGAAAUCAAAACUGGCAAUAUAUAUGAGCAACAAAUUCAUCCCCAAACAAGAAACAUGGAGGAUGAGGAUGACAAUGUGCCCAGCCAUGUGCUCUUUCAGGAUCCCAAUGGAAAGCCGAGUACUUCUCUUAAUAACGACCCCAGGAGUACAAUAGUAACACCACCUAAUCCCAGUUUACGGAAGCAUCAGCACCAGCACCAGCAUCAACAGCCAAUUAGCUCUUUUAAUUGCAAUCCUCACAGCAAUUCCAUGAAGAUUGAAUCCAAUUGUGAUAAUACUUCUGCCAAAACAAAUGGGGAUCCUCCAAUGUUAUCACAGUACUCGGGGAUUCUGAACAAUGUGGAUAUUCCUGUUAACCAGGGGGUUCUACUGCCAUCUGUGUGUGACGUUUGGCCAGUUCUGGAUGUCCGUGGUUCCUAUAAUGAAGCCACUGCAGCUAAUGCAGGUUAUAUGCCUUCCCAAGAGUUGGCAAUUGGGCACCCACAGUUUCUGCAGGAGCGGUUUCUUGAUCUUGAAAAUAAUAGUCGGGGUAAAGAUGCUGGGAAUGAGAUGCUCCAUCGACUCCCUGAGGACAUCCCUUUCUUUAGUUCUUACUCUACUCAAGAUCGAAAUGAACUGCUGCAAUCUUUUUUCAAGGGUCAGAGCAAUAAUAUGUCAUACCAUCAUCAACAAAAACAGGCUGGCUUAGAUUUCCAGCCUGGUACUGAUCUAAUACUGGAGGAAGGUCCCUUUACUGAAUUUAGGGAUCAGCAUCAUCCAUCCAUACCACUGGAUCCAAGGCAGAAGAGACCAACUGAUGUGUAUAUAAAUCAGAACAUUCAGGAGACUGUGUAUUCUGGAGGGCAUUUUGCUGUUCCUCGGCAGGAGGAACUACCUGUUAAUAUUCAUGAUUGGGGAAGCGCCAGUGGCACUAAAGCAAGUAUGGUGGCUCCAUCCCAAUCUCAUGUGAGCAGCGGUGAGUUGAAUUCAAACUGGUGUACAGGGGAGAAUGGAUGGUCCUCCUUUGAGAUCGCUGUAGGAGUGGGCCAUAACUUUGUCAGUGGAAGUAGCUCAGAUCAGACUCUAUUUAGUGUCAUAUCCGAAUGCAAUGAGCUACGGCCACAGGCCAGCAGUGAGUUGGUGGGGCCAGCUGAACUAUUGGUGCAGGACGGAAACCACGGUGGGAUUCCCUUGAGCAGAAAUUUCUUACAACAGUCACCUAACCGACUUAACUACUUUGGCAGCCAAGAUGCCAUCAGUGCUGGUGUUAAGAUGAAUAAUAACCUUGGAUGGAUUGGAAUGCCACAGCAGAAUUCUGGAAUGCAGGGCUCUAUUGGCAAGCCCUUUUUAAGAUGGUGGAAUAAUCAUCGCCAAGGGUAAAAGCAGACUACGGAAGUUGAGGAGGUAGGAGUCCAUCCAGCUGCAUAACUUGUGGUACACUAUUUCCAUACCUUGGCUUCUGAGUUUGUUGAGCCGGCAAGGGCGGACUGACCUGACCUACCUUGCAGGAGGGGAGAAGCUUGGAGCGGGUGGUGAGGGAGGGUGAAGAAGAGUUCAGUUGUUGCGCAUAUAAGUUAGAACUUAGAAGAAGAAGAAGAAGAGGGGUUGUGGAUGGAUGGAAGGCGUGCAGAGCUGUCUGUCCCUUUUAAAUACACACACCUGGCUGGCAGGCUGGCUGGAUUUAUCCAUCUAUCUUGUAACCUUUUUUUUUUUUUUUUGUUGCUUUCCGAACGCAAUGAUGGUAACUUUUGUAUUUUGUCUGCUUCCAAUGGCUAGUGAGCGCUGUGCUGUGUUGUGCUGUGGGCGGUACAUAAUAGGGUGGAGGGAGAGAGGAGUGCAGUGGUGGGGUGUAAUUGUGUAGCAUUAUUAUUUAUGAUACAUGAUGAAUAGCAAUAGCAGUAGCAGCAGCAGGGAGGAUGAAGAAGAUUGGAAUGGGUUCUGUAGAA